AUGGUAGGUUCCUUCUCCUCGCCUUACUGGGCUCGUACAUUUCGGGGGAGAACGUACAAAUAUACAGCGGAGGAGACGAGGAAGCUUGUUGCUCAAAGAUUGAUCGAGCUAUGCGAGGCGAAUGGGGGAGAUCACGAGCAGGAUGUGCCAUGGGAGCUCAAAGAGGACUCGAAGCUCUCUAGAGGUCAAAUAGAAGCCUUUAAAUCGGACCUGAUGAAAGAUCUAGACAGGUUUGCACCGGCAUUCAUCGAGGGGAAGGUUGCUCCCUCUGCAAGUGUAGAGGAAAGGUUCAAAUGUCUUCAACUCAAACUAAAAAUCAGAUGGAGCGCCUGGCGCGCGUCUGAUGCAAGCCUCACGAAAUUGAGGCUUUCUUUGUCCCCAUCUCAGAGUAGUGUUCCGUCCCUAGAGCGGGUUUGUUCAACAAGUAUUUUGAAGAACCUUCGAGCUGCUAUUGAAGGGAAGAGAGAUCUAGCCCUAUUUUCCUGUGGCGGCAACAUCACUAUAGUUCGCCGAAGCACAUUGACAGCUCCACCAGACGCCUCGAGACCGCGAGAGUCUCCUCCAGUGGAUAUUUACUGGCGUUCGACAGUGGGUGCUGUCACAUCAGCCGUCACUCUUCCGCUGGAGGGUGGCCCUCUGGAACCGCUGAUCCGCAGGAAACUCGACUCAGAUUGCUUUGCGACGAGCUUCCACCCGGCCAAUUUUGGAAUCCUAGACGCAAUCGAGCAGAUAUUGCUUCCAGGUGUUAUCUCGCCCAAAGACAACGAAAGAGAGUUUCGGCGAGUCAGGGCAGAGUUGUGUAAAUUGAAUGUUUAUUCUGGUCCAGCUGGGGUUUUCAAGAACUACGUCGAUUCUUCCCGCUCUCCAAGCCAAUUUGGCUCUCUGGUCGUGUGCCUCCCAUCAGAGCAUAAAGGAGGGAACCUGGUGGUCCGUCACAAUAGAAAAGAUAUUAAUUUCGAAUGGGCCCAUUCCAGUGUGACCCACGUUCAAUGGGCAGCGUUCUACAGCGAUUGUGAGCAUGAGAUCAAACAGGUCACCGAGGGGCAUAGGGUGACUCUUACCUAUAACUUAUAUGUCACCGAACCUGUAGGAUCCAGCCUACCCCCGCGCCCAUUGAUAGAUCCUAGCAGCUCUACAUUGUACGCCGAGAUCAAAACAAUAGUAUCUCAGCCUGCCUUCUUUCCCCGUGGUGGAGUCCUGGGUCUUUUCUGCUCCCAUUCCUACUCACAUUCAAAUGAUGUCGCAGAGUGGAGCUUCCCACGGAAGCUCAAAGGAUCAGAUAUGGCAUUAUUUGCUACUUUUCAAUCACUGGGCCUAAAAGUCAAAGCGGUACAUUCAUGAAUAGACCUUGAAUGAAUGCUAGCCCUGUGAUUCCAUUUCCGGAAUUACGUGGGUCAUGCCGCCCAAAUUUGCUAAACUCGCGCUGGGACAUAUGGCCUACGGUGAUGUAACGAGAUAUUCAAGCGCUGCUAUACUGGUGAUACUUCCUUCGUGGGGAGAUAGGAAUAUGGAAGUUGAAUAAAUGAUUCCCAAUGCGAAAAGAAACUUAGCUAGGA